AUGACUCGUACUGUUUCGACAAACACUGAGGGUGUGCCCACCUACUGGGGCACCUCUGGCAGACCCCUUCAGAUGCUCAUCACCGCCGUCGCCACUACCGAUUUCCUCCUCUUCGGUUAUGACCAAGGUGUCAUGUCUGGUAUUAUCGAAUCCGAUGCUUUCCUCGAAGACUUNCCCGAGGCUGGCUGGGGUAGCAGUUGGCAAGGCUUCAUCGUCUCCAUCUACGCUGUUGGCUGUCUGUUCGGUGCUAUCUUCAUUCUUACUCUCGGUGACAAAUUGGGUCGCCGCAAGUCUAUCUUCAUUGGUGCCUCGGUCAUGAUCAUUGGUGUUAUCAUUCAAGUCUGCUGCGUUGGCACCAGUUCCGGAUCUACAGCGCAAUUCAUCGUCGGAAGAUUCAUCACAGGUUGCUCCAAGGCUCACAACAGAGGCAAAGUCAUCUGCAUUGAGGGUGGUAACGUCGCUGUCGGCACACUUAUCGCUUACUGGAUCGACUAUGGCUGCACUUACGGCCCUCACAACCUUGUCUGGCGUUUCCCUAUCGCUUUCCAGAUCUUCUUCGCUCUUAUCGUCCUCAUCAUUAUGACAAGAUUGCCCGAGUCACCCAGAUGGCUCCUUUCGCACGAUAGACAAGAUGAAGCUCAAGUUAUUCUUGCAGCCCUCCAGGCCAAGCCUACAGACGACCCCGAAGUAAAGCUCGAGUCUGGCAUCAUUCUUGAUUCUAUCAAGGCUGCUGGUGGCUUUGGUCAGAAGAUGCCCUUCUCCGUUCUUUUCACUGGUGGCAAGACUCAGCACUUCCGUCGUAUGAUGCUCGGUGCUGGAUCCCAGUUCAUGCAACAACUUUCUGGCUGCAACGCUGUCAUCUACUACUUCCCUGUCCUCUUCCGCGAUUCCAUCGGCACCACCAAGAACCUGUCGCUCUUGCUCGGUGGUAUCAACAUGGUCGUCUACGCACUCUUCGCCACCACCUCCAUGUUCCUUGUUGAGCGUGUCGGACGCCGCAAGCUCUUCCUUUACGGAACUGUUGGCCAGUGUCUGUCCAUGGUCCUCGUCUUUGCCUGUCUGAUCCCUGGUGAUGCCCAAUCCGCCAAGGGUGCUGCUGUCGGUCUCUUCACCUACAUCGCCUUNUUCGGUGCCACCUGGCUUCCUCUGCCUUGGCUCUACCCUGCCGAGGUCAACCCUCUCAAGACUCGCGCCAAGGCCAACGCUCUCUCGACCGUUUCUAACUGGCUGUGGAACUUCUUCAUUGUGAUGAUCACUCCCGUGCUCAUUGACAGCAUCGGAUGGGGUACCUACCUCUUCUUCGCCGCUCUCAACGCUCUCUUCUUCCCUGUUAUCUACUACUUCUAUCCUGAGACGAGUGGCGUAAGUAUUUUCUAUGUCCAGAGACUCAAAACAAACAUGCUAACUCGAUGCAGNCGCACAUUGGAAGAGAUUGAUCUUAUCUUUGCCAAGGGUUUCCACGAAAACAUGAGCUACGUUACUGCCGCCAAGGAGCUUCCUCACCUGAGUCCUGAAGAGAUCGAUGCCAAGGCUCGCGAGUACGGCUUCCAGUCCUCUGACGACGAGGCUGGUCAAGUCAAGGACGCUCACUUCGGCGAGAAGGAAGACGACCUGGCCUACAGCGGCGGUGGUCAGAUGGUUUAA